UCUUUGGUAAUAACUAUAGGGUAUGGGAGUCUAAAAGAAAGAAAGAAAAAAAAAAAUGAAAUUUCAAACUUUUAGAAGUUUUAACCAUUUAUAACCAUAGUAAAUGCAUUUCAUUCACUUUUUUCUUGUAUAUAUACCAUCACGAAAUCUCCUUCAUUCGAAUCAUCACCAUCUUCACUCACUCAAGCUUUACUUUCAAAGCCAUGGAGUCUCAUCGCUUCCUUUUGGUCUUCUUUCUCUUGGUUGCAACUUCUGUUACAGAUGUUGGUUUUGCUGCACCACUUUUCAUACCACUUCCUUUGACGCCACCAACACCACCUGUCGGUUACCCACCACCCAUCACCCCUUCACCCAUCUUCGUUCCAGGUGUACCAUGUUCCACCCCACCUCCGCCAUCACCCACAGUUUCUCCGCCAGUUUAUACACCUCCACCAGUUUCAAGCCCACCUGUACCUGCUCCAGCACCAUCUAUUUCACCCACCCCACCCCCAUCGGUGGCAGUCUGCCCACCUACAGCAACACCACCUGCUAAUCCACCGACACCCGUUCCAACUCCAUCGAUAAUCUAUCCGCCACACCCUCAGCCACCCAUUGUCACUCCUACUCCGAGCAACCCGCCUAGUAUUGCUCCAAGUAUAUGCAACAGCACAACUCCACCAUUGCCAGCUCCAAUUCUUCCAUAUCCACCAACCAAUCCACCUUCUAACCCACCUGUUGUAACUCCACCACCUCCAUUGACACCGAUACUUCCACCUUCUCCAUAUUCACCCACCACCCCACCUCCUAACCCAACUCCUGGUGUAGCACCGCCACCUCCAAUGACACCGGUAGUUCCACCAUCUCCAUAUUCACCAAUAACCCCACCUCCCAGCCCAACUCCUGGUGUACCACCACCACCUCCGGUGUCACCGAUAGUUCCACCAUCCCCUUAUUCACCCAUCACCCCACCUCCCAGCCCAACUCCUGGUGCAACACCACCGCCUCCAAUGACACCGAUCAUUCCACCAUCUCCUUAUUCACCCAUCACCCCACCUCCCAACCCAGUUCCCGGUGUAGCACCACCACCUCCAGGGACGCCGAUAGUUCCACCGUCUCCUUAUUCACCCAUCACCCCACCUCCCAACCCAACUCCCGGUGUAGCACCACCACCUCCAAGGACACCGAUAGUUCCACCGUCUCCUUAUUCACCCAUCAUCCCACCUCCCAACCCAGCUCCUGGUGCACCACCACCUCCAGUGACACCUAUAGUUCCACCAUCUCCUUUUUCACCCAUCAUCCCACCUCCUAACCCAUCUCCUUAUGUAGCACCAACACCUCCAACGACACCGGUAGUUCCACCAUCUCCUUAUUCACCAAUCACCCCACCGCCUAACCCAACUCCUCGUACAACACCACCACCUCCAGUGACACCAAUAAUUCCACCAUCUCCUUAUUCACCCAUCACACCACCUCCUAACCCAGCUCCUGGUACAACACCACCACCUCCACUAACACCAACAGUUCCACCAUCUCCAUAUACACCUAACCCUCCACCUUUUCCUACACCAUCUCCUGGGACACCUAGAGUUCCACCACCUCCAUAUACACCCAACCCUCCAUCUUCACCUUCACCAACUCCUCCUCCUGGUGUACCACCAAGUCCAAUGACACCGACACCUGCACCACUUCCAUAUCCACCCAACACUCCACCUCCAACUAUUCCACUAACACCACCUUGCAUCACCACACCUCCACCACCUACUAAUUCAACUCCAUUAUCUCCUAAUUCACCCAAGACACCACCACCCUUUAUCCCACUGCCAAUCACUCCACCAUCUCCAAAUUCACCCAAGACGCCACCGCCACAUUUCCCACCUACAAUCAUUACACCAUCUCCCAGUCCAUCCAUCUUCCCUCCGUAUAUUCCCUCACCAAGUAUUCCUCCGUAUUACCCUAUCGCGGCUAGCCCCCCACCACCUUGUACCAAUGCUCCACCGUUGAUCGGCAAGCCACCAUUAAACUCGGAAGAAUGUUUUACAUCAUGUGAGUUAAGGUGCGAGUUAGACUUGAAGCAAGAUAGAUGCCAUCGAAGUUGCAUGGCGUGUUGCCAUCGUUGCAAUUGUGUUCCACCGGGACAAUAUGGAAACAAAGAGAUGUGUGGUUCGUGCUACACUGAUAUGAAAACUCUUGCUGGAAGACCCAUGUGUCCUUGAAGUUGAAGGCCUCCUACUUUAUAUAAUUAGUUCCCCAUUCACAUGCAUGAGGGAAUCAAUAAAGUUAUGUUUGCUAAUUAUGGAAAUUAAAAAUAAUCUGGUUUUGGAUUUGUGAUAUCCACUUGCGGAUCAAUCAAAAGCAUGGGCACUUAUUUUGAAUGAA